AUGGCACAUGAGAAGAUGGCUCAGCAUGUGAGUCUCUGGAGGGACUUUCUCUCCAAGAAUCAAAAGAUCGAGUUUGUGUGGGUACAACUUCUUAGUUACUCCGGAAAGAGUUUGAUUCGCAUGAUACCGGUUGUGUCAUUCGAUGUGAUGGUGCGCCAAAAUUUGUCAUUGCCAUUCCCUAAGGCUGCACUAUGCCAUCUUCCGGGGACUUGUCAUGUUUUACCUCAAUCAAUGUCCGGGCCCUCAAGGCUUGUGCCGGACCUGGCCACGCUCUAUCCCCAGGCAGGGUCAGACGGGACUCGUGCUGUCGUGAUACCAUACUGCGCUGAUAAGAGCGGGAAACGGUUGCCAGAAUGCCCUAGGUCCAGACUAGAAGCCUUGUGUGAAAUGCUUCAAAAAGAAAUGGGCUACUCCGCUCUUAUCGGUAUCGAAGUCGAGGUGGUCUUUGUCAAGUUAGAUGAGCACAACGGGACUCCUGCAUAUAAGACUGUGAAUCACGAUCACUCCUGGUCUAGCAUGACUAUCGAAGAUCGCUCAUUUCUCCAUGUCAUUGAAGCUGUCGUGCGAGCGCUGAUGGAUGUUGAUGUUCGCCUCGUGCAAUUCCAUGCGGAGACAGCUCCUGGUCAAUGGGAGUUUGUUUUGCCGCCGUCACCCCCAAUCCAAGCUGCCGACGUGUUCAUAAAGACUCGCGAUACCAUCCGAGAUGUGGCAGCUGAAUUCGGCCUUCACGCGACGUUUUACCCACGCAUAUCACCGAAUGAUUACGGUACGGGUUCGCACGCCCAUAUAUCCCUUCAACACGAGGGAGAAGGCAACCCAGCAACUUGUGAGGCCUUCUUUUCCGGUAUUCUCGCCCACCUUCCAUCUAUUCUGGCCUUUACAUUGCCGCGCCAGGAAAGCUAUGACAGAAUAGGAAAUGGUAUCCGCGCUGGAGGUGAUUUUGUCGGCUGGGGAUGGGAAAAUAAAGAGACGCCACUUCGUCGGAUUGAAGAGAAUCAUUUCGAAUUCAGACUCCUGGACGGAUUCGCAAACCCGUUUCUCGCUCUUCUGUCCAUAUUCGCGGCUGGGAUCAGUGGGAUCAAGCGCGGACUCAUAUUGCCUCCAGAGGCUGGGUCGCUGGUACAGACCGAGUGUUUAUCUAAGGAGCACCACAGUCAUUCUAUUCCUUUGCCAAAAGUGCUCGAAGAAAGCCUCGAUUCUCUGGGAACAGAUAAGGACUUGCGAGAUAUGAUCGGGCCUGAAAUCGUGCAGUCUUAUAUCCCAACGAAGUUAGCCGAGGAGGAGAGUAUGAAACGUUGGAGCGCAAGUCGAAGAAAGCAAUGGCUGAUCUCCGAGUAUUGA